AUGAAUCCCAACAAUUGCAAUUGUACCACCCAAUCCAGCAACCUCACACCAUGGAACCUUCACAACGUCCGCGGAAGCGGGCCCGGAUGGCAUGCACCUUGUGCCAUGAGCGUAAAGUUCGUUGCGACGUCUCUAUUCAUGGAAGUCCCUGCACGAAUUGUUGGCUCGAUGGCCACGAGUGCUCUAUUAGGUCGAGUGUCUGUCAAGGAUGCACAUCUCCAAACCGAUGCUCUGCUGCACAAAUCUCAUCCGACUAGUAGAAUGAGGCUGAUGGAAUCAAUCGUGUCGCAACCUGGUUUCCCUCAAUAUGUCAACCCUGCGCGACAACCUUCCUUUUCCCUUUUCUGCGAUAUUCGAGGAGAAAAGGAGUUCGGGUUUGAACAUUUCGGUGGAAUGAAUCCCCAGAUCCCCAGAAAUAUCCUACCCUCUUCGGCAGAUGGACCAAACGGAACUUCAGGUGUCAUAUUUUCAUUCUACCGUUUUGUCGAACUGCGUAACCUUCACACGCUCUCGACGGAAGACGUCAAAUAUCUGGAGAUGAAAGGUAGUCUGCAUCUACCGGCUGCGCCAAUUCUCCAUGAAUUCGUCCGUGAAUAUUUCCUCCAUGUCCAUCCCUGUCUGCCAAUAUUGAACGAGGCAGAUUUCUGGAGUAUGUACUCCAAUCGAACUGAAGGAUCAACCAAACCGCGAGCCAUAUCAUUGUUCAUUGUACAGGCAAGGUUCUUUGCAAGUUGUGCAUUCGUGCCGUCUGAUAUUAUUCAAUCUGCUGGUUUCGCCGACAAUCGAACCGCACGCAAUAUUUUAUAUCGCAGAGCUAAGCUUCUUUUUGACCUGGAUGCCGAAAAUGAUGCUCUAGCGAAGGCACAGGGUUCAAUUAUCCUGACCUACCAAAGUUCACAUACAGACGUUCAUGCCGGGAGCCGGUGGCUUACAAAUGCUAUACAAAAUGCGAUUCUUCAUGGUGCCCAUUUAUAUAAUAGCAAAUCUAACCAAAGCGACCCUCAAAAAAUGACAAAGAAACGAUUGUGGUGGUCCAUCAUACUUCGCGACCGAAUUCUGCUUCUGGGGCUUCGCCGGCAUCCUCAGAUCACCCCACAAAAUUUUGACCUGCCUCUUGACUGUUUGUCCGAGGAAGAUUUCGAAGACGAGGUGUAUAACUCUGAAGUUUAUAGCCCUGAAACAAAACGACUUCUUGCAAAUGUCAUGCGCGUUCAGUACCAGCUGGCUAUUGCGCUAACCGAUGUAUAUGAUGACUGCAUACCGGCCGCAUGGGUUCUCCCAACCAAAAGUGCUGACAGAGAAGGAUUUGUGACAGCCAUAAGGGAUAAAGGAGAUAUUAGAGAUAGCCUCACUCAGUGGGCGAAUGAGGCCGAAGCGUCUACCGGUCGAUUAGCCUUGUGUCACAACGAGACCCUCACCUUGGAAGCUCAUCAAAGGUUUAUCGCAGAUACUUAUAGUAAACGGUUAGAGGAAAUUAAAGAGGAACUAGAAGAAGCAGCAUUAGGCAUCACAAGAUCGGUUAAACGGCUAUUGAUGCGUGGAGUGGCACGACAUCUUCCCAUAAGCGCUGUUGCCUACACUGCUCUCCCACUAGUUUUAAAUGCCCUUGAUGUUAAAUUAUCUGGAACCACAUCCCAAUCUGCAACGCACAAGCGCCAACUGGGCUAUUACGUUGAGGUUAUGCAAUUCUACCGAAACCGUUACGAUGGCACGGAUUACGUUGCCUUCCUUAUCCAGCAAGUCUUGAAAUUUGCAGAGAGCCAAAACCUCACGGUAUCCUUCCAGGCUAGCGCGGGAACAAAUGUGAUGUCAAAUUCGACUAAUAACGACAGUGACGUCAGCGGGGAUACAAAUACAUCAACAGCUUUGACAGAGCGAUCUAAUAGCGAUAAGUUUGCUGAAAACGGUACGAAGAGCUGGGGGGAGAUCUUGGUUAGACACCCGCGUCUAUACCUACGGCUCUCAUUGCCACUGGACAUCGCCUUUGCGAGAGGACAAUUUCCACGAGAUGCAGAUUUACCUUCGUUAGUUCGUGAGUUUCGUUUGAAAGAUGAUAGCGGUCCAUCUGUCGAAACCAUGGAAGCAACCAUCCCAAUGGAAUUUCGGAUGAAAGAUCUCCCACCGCCUAUGGAUUCAUUAUCGAAACCUCCAUCGCAGCAGAAGCAAGAACAACAGCAACAACGGGCAUAUAAACAAUCAGAUGACCCGCCAGCUACUAAGAAUACAGACGUAUACUAUCAUAUCAACGACAUGGUGGAGCUUCCAAACCCAGAACGGCAGCAGCAGCAGCAGCAAAAAGUUUCCACACCUAGGUUUUCUUCCCAGUUCUCUGUUUCCAACAAACUGGCUCAAGUCGACCAGUUAGUCCCUGCCUACCCGAUGGUUUCCCAGGAUAACUUCGGUGAAGUAAACCUUGAUUUCCUAGAUAUGGAUAUCCCACUUCUAAGCAGCCUAGGGAACAGGAAUGAUCUUGACAUUGGAUCUGAUAACAGUUGGGAAGAUGGGGAUGCUAAUAUCCAGAAUGCUCUUGGCCCUGCAUGGAUGGAGGUUAUGCUUAACGAGAUUCCGAGUGCUAUUCCUGCGUAA